GACGGGUGUGAAGCCGUUCAUAUUUUUCACUUCGGUAAUCAUUGUGGAACGAAGUAACUCUGUGAGUUUGUUGGACGUGGACCUUCCAGCAAGCCGCUUCAGCAUUCGGGGGCGUCGUGUUCAGUGACUCCUCGACACUUUUGGAUUUCAUUAGUGUUUGAGGGCUGCAGGCACUGCAUUUGCGGAGUCACAGAAGUUCAUCAUCGGAGGGUGAGAUUGGUCAGCAGAGUGCAGGGUCAAACAACUGGUCCGGCGUAAAACAGGUCCGCCGGCACUUUGCCUUGCCGUUAGCGGCGCAAUGGCAAACCAGCAGAAGGUGCCCAUACCGAUGCGGCAUUCGAGGUCGCCACGAGGGUCUGCCUCCUCGCUGCAGCUGGGCGCAGAGCUGGCCUCCGCUGGGUUCGGUACUGGCUCCCUGUCUCCCAAUGACCAGGUCAGCACUUUGAGCAGAAGGCAGCAACAAACGCUGGGCGUGCAGGAUGUUGGCGCUUACGACGAUCUUCAUUCUGCCGUGGGUGCGCUCGAAUCCAAGAUUUGGUAUCACGGUGAGCUGAGCAGAGAGGAGACGGCGUCGCGGCUGAUGGGCACUGGGUCGAUGCGGCGGGCAGGCUACUUCCUGGUGAGGCGAGGUAGGGCAGGAGUCAUCCUCAGUGUUGCGGAGAGCGGCGGAAUUAGGCACUAUGUGAUCCAAGAGCACACUAGGUCCAGCAGUGUUUCAUGCUUCAGCAUUGACGACGGUCCUCGAUUCCCUUCAGUGCCCGGUUUGAUAAGCUUUUACCGUUCAUCGACAGACCCAUUACCAAUCAAGUUGUCAUCUCACUGCCCAAACCGAUCAGUGUCAGCUCCGCAUGUAAUGUUUGGCCGAUACGGUGUGGCAUGGAUGUCGGCAGGUAAGGACCAAGACCAAGCACAAGCAAUAGUGGAGGGAGAGUUUGCACAGGCGAUUUACGACACAGUCAAGCCAAGCAUGAGAUCGCCCGCAAAACCGCAAGCAGGUGCAGCGAAAAACAAGUUCAUCGCCGCAGCUCGUGCAAUUCAAGCAGCGAAGAAAAUCAGCUGGAAUGCUACGCGUGACGAGCUAAUGCAGUCGAUAAGGCCGGAAGAACUGGAGGCGGACAAGCCGGUUAAUCCGAAGACUCAACGCGGCGACUUCCAUCACCGUACCAUCAAGCAGAGCACUGUUAUCGAGUCAAAGGUUUAUUUGUCAUGGUUGAACAAGAAGCUGACGUCAGCGGGGAUCAGCAUUCAGGUCACCAAUCUCUUCAGUGACCUGCGCACGGCUGAGAUACCGAUUCAAGUGGUCCACAUCCUGACUGGCGUUAGCAAACCAAGGUACAAGGAGAACCCGACAACGGAGGUGCAGAUGCAGGACAACUGGCACGCGCUCAUCAAGUUCAUGAAGCGAGCCAGCGUACCAACCACCAAGCUGGAUGCAGACGCACUGUAUAAGCAAGACCAGCGUAUGAUACUGAAGUUCUUCAGCUUACUACUGAGAUGGGAGGCGAAACAAGCUCUGGAAGAAUCAAAGGGUGCGAUCUAGUGCCCAGCUUGUGGAGCACCAUUCACUCGACUGCUUGAAUCGCUGAUCAACUGCAGCCAUGACCAGUCAUCAUUUAAAAAGAGGAUAGACAGAGUUGCUCGCACUGCCCGGCAAUGCUACCAUCAGUGUUUUCCGUGUGAGCUGACAGUAGGGAGGUUUCGCUCUACGGAAUUACGUAUGAAAAUAACGUAGGAACUGCACGUAAUUUUCAUACGUAAAAAUCAGAGCUGUUGGGUUUCGCUCUACGUGAUUUCUCCACGACUGCUAAACAUGCCUUGUUGCUUUGGAGACGCGUUGGCUGCAUGCGCCCACCGCAUGCACCACGAACCGAAACCGCGUUUUCCAUCGUAUUUUGCACGUGGUGUACGGUGUGUGUACCUUGUAUUUCGCGCGGCUUGAACUUUGCCAUGGAUAAACCCUGAAAAUGUGAAAAAUAUUUCAAAAAGUCCUACGGAGACCCCAACGUAGGAAAUAGCUUUCCUACGGAUAUCCGUAGAAAGUUUUACGUAUGAAAGUUGCCCUCGCUCCCCGGCGUGUACGACAUACGGAUUUUCAUACGUAAUUACGUAGAGCGAAACCUCCCUAGUGCCAUGUCCCGAUCACGCCAGCAUGAAGAGGCAAGUUCUCUCAGUAUGCACUGAGCAAUUUCAUUGUACAUAUUCGGCAAGCAUCACCUGAUUACUUGCUGGACUUCAUGUAGUAAUACGUAUUACAUGUAUAUAAGUAAUAAUUACUUUUACAUGUAAUAUGUAACUGCAUGAUUGUAGUCUAAUUAUUAGUAAUACACCUUGUAAAAUCCAACAUCUUGAAAUUAGUGGUACAAGUAAUCAUCAACCGUUACUAUUGCUAGUGCUAAGUGCCAUAUGAACAUAACAAUGUUAGCAUUAUGUAAUCAUUAUGUAAUCAUAAUUAUGAUAGGAAAUGUUAGUGCACCGUGCAUACACAUUGACAGCAUCAUACAUGCAGUUGAUGAUCAUACAUGCAGUUGAUUUUUAGUUUCAUGUAGCAUGAUGGCUUCUUCAACUGUUGAUUUGACUGAAGUGCGUAGAAUUUCG